AAAACUCCCGGAUGAACUUCACGAGGUUCAAAAUCCAACAUGGCGGAACGUGAGAUCACAAUCAGAGGAAGGCGACUUUCUCAAUUGAAAGUUGAUGAACUUAAAGUUGAGCUGGAAAAACGCGGCCUCAAGAAAAGUGGAAACAAAGGAGUUCUUAUUGAGAGGCUACAGGAGGUAACGGAGAGCUCUCUAACGCGGGAAAAAACCCGUAGAUUGUACUAUCUCUUUUCCCCGGUUUGUUUGCGUUUGCAGCUGAGCUUUCUGUUCAUUUUCAGCUGUUUCUGUCUUCCGAUAUGAGGGAGUUCUUUUAGACGUACAUAUUUUAAACAACAAGAGAAGAAAAUUUUUGAUAAUUGAUAAAUGCAUUGUUUACAUCAGUGUAACGAUGCAAUUUCAAAGUCAUCGACUAUGUGAAGAACAUCUCAAUUUACACAGAAGUUGUGCCGUAAAAGGCAGAUAAUCGAGCAUAAUAAUCUGAAUGAAAUUCAGUGAUAUCUCGAUCUGGGUUAUCAUGUUAAGGUUAAGCAUUGAAAUCAUAAUUCUUCAAUGCAAUGUAGUGUCUAAAAUUUAUUUGCAAGAAUUUGGCAGCUACUCGCCAUACUACGAUAAAAUGUAACUUUCCCAAACGCCUAAGUAAUUUCACUUUCUACUCGUAUUAUACUCUCAGCAAUGAGAGAAAUGUAGAUUAACUAGAAACCUUAAGGUGAAAGUUUCUAGCAACUGAAAUUUUGUGAGAUUAUCAGAGAAAGCCCAGUCAAAAUCUCCCUUCAACCCAAGACUGAGAUCCAAACCUGUGAGAGCACAGCAUAGGGUGUUUUGAUUUAAAUAAGGUGUAUCUACUGGAUAGAAAUAUAUCCUUUAGUCUGUGUUAUGCACCGUUCAUAUAACCAGGACCUGGUCUGCAGUAGGUCUAAAUGGCAACUGUGAAGGAAAGUAGAUAGCUUGAUAAUUAUAGACAUGCACAUUGUGGAAAGUAAUGGCAGGCUAAGUGGCAUGGGGCUACUUAUUAAUUGGGACAAAUAUUCUACAAUCCUUGUUAUUGAUAAAAGAGGUGGUCUAAAUGACACUACCUUCUUGGCAUCAUCAUAUCCAGCUGAUUGUAAUAUCAAUACUUUAAACAACUAUUUUCAGAUGUUAACAAGGUAGUUUGGUAUUAUCAACUGAGUUAAUAGUAUAAAUUGGUCAUUGUCAAUAGUUUCAAAGCUGGCAUUUUAAGCGUUAGCCCUUCGUCAGAAAAAAGAGUUAACACUUGAAACUUCAGCUUCAAAACUCUCAACAGGGGCUAAUUUCUCUCUCUCCAAUGCAGCACUGUAGUUUCUUUAAAAACUUACCUCCUUCAUUCAAUUGUCAGAUCUUAGUUGUUUUAUUGCUGUUGUCUGGUUAAUUUGCUAUUGAGUUGAUUAGUGUUUACCAUUCACCUUGGUUAUUCACAAUGUAGAUAAUUCCAAAAAAAAAAGAAAAAUAUCUGCAGCCUGAUUUGUCAUUCUUUUACUCCAAAGAUCUAAAUUUAGAUAGUUUCUGUCAUAUAUGUACAUUUGAAUUAAGGUAUGAGAAAUUUGUGUUAAGUGAAGCAAUUAUUUCCCAAGUAUUUCUUUCUUAUCAAGCCCCCAAGGUUAAAUUUAUAAUUCUCCCUCCUAGCUGGUCUGGAUUCCUAAUUCUCUUUUUCCUCUUUUCAUUUCAUAUUUUAGGCCAUUGACAAGGAAAUGGAAAUGAAGGAAGGGUUUGAGAGUUAUCCUGUACCACAACAAGCUCCUGCACGGGUUGGAGAGCAGUGGCCUCAUCCCAUGAUGCAGCAACAGCAACAACCUGGUAUGCUAGAGAAUAAGGCUAACACAAUUCUUAUGUUUUUGAUAUGUCCAUGAAAAAUGUAGAGUUACCCAUUCAUGCUCUUUCUGCUUCCCUAAUUUUGCUUGGGUUAUGCCUAUUGAGGUAAGCACAAGUGAAAGCACAACAGCUCAAACAUUGGCAUUAAUGCAAGUACAAACACAAGCACAAGGAUCAGAGUUUUUCUUUUUCUUGUGCUAAUGCUUGUGCUUGUUGACAUUAGUUUUCUCUUGGCGUGUUUACCUUAUGCAUGCAUUUGUGCUUGGGUCACUUGUGAAAACCAGGCUCAAUCUGUCAGUGAUUUGGUUAUUUAAGUGAACAAUAUAGUCUUUUAUUCAGAGUUAGCUCUCUUUAACCCUUUAUACCCCAACAUCAGUAUGCAUAUUCUCCACAUUGUCCUUUAUAAAGUUCUAAAGGUGCCAUCAAUGGGAAUUUGUUUUACAAUCAAGAGCAUCUCUCCUUGAUGAUCAUUUCCUGUAAUCUGGUGCCUUAACCCUUUAACUCCCAAGAUCUGAUUGUUAAUUCUCCACUGUAGCUGCUAGACAUUUCCUUGUAAAUUAGUUAUGAGAACUUGGUGCUAUAUCAAGAUAGCAGCUUCUACCUGAUAAGUUUGAAUAUUCUCAUGACCUGUUUGCUGAAGAAUGUAUGGAUAUUGUAGGGAGAAGUUUUAUGUUAAUCACUUCUGGAAGUUAAAGGGUUAAUGUUUGAUUCAGAGGUGAUAUUGUAGGAGAAAUUAGAUUUUAGUCACUCUUAGGGGCCAAAGGUUUAAGUUAGCAUUGUUAGGAUUCAAUGUGAAUGUUCUCUUGCAGGAGAGAGGUUUUGCUAAUAAUUUUAAUCCAACAUAAGACUGACAAUGUUUGCCAUUAUUUUGGUAGGUGGUUUCCCUGUUCAGCCAAUGGGAAUUCCACAAGGAAUGAUAAAUCAGCAACAAGGAUUGUUAAACCAACCUCAUGUUAUGAUGAACCAGCAGCAGAUGAUGAUGCAUCAGCAACAGGUAUAGAGUAUAUAUACUUCAGUGGACUCUGAUAGAGGUUCAGUGUUCCCUUUUUACUCUGUAUUUUAUUAUAAAGAAUGCUUUCUUCAGGGAAUUGGUGAUAAUUGGUAAUUAAUAUUUAGACAACAAAAAGUGUUUGUUGUUAGGUCAUGAACACUUUUUUUACGGUUUUGUGGAAUGACUGGAUAAGGUGAAACCACUUGGAGUCUUAGUACCUUUUCAGGGGACAAGGGUGUUUUCUGAGGAGGCAACUUUCCUUGUUGGGCAAUAAUUGUAAUUUUUGUAGGAGCAGGGUUCUCAUUAGAGGACCUGGGUAAGGGUACCAAUAUAUGCAAGUCUACCUCAAUAUGGGAUAUAAAAUAUUGUACUUCCAGUGUCACUAUUAUACUUGGCUGCUCUCAUGUGGAUGCCCUUGCACUCAGAAAUGUAAUGAAACCCUUGUUGAAGGGGUUCUCAACAAAUUGUUUUCAGAAAACUGUCUUCUCAAGCACUUUGCCUAUUCUUGAUUUUAGUUUUCUUUCUUCCCCUCAAUUUUGUUUUUCAUUUUCAGCAAAUAACAUCACCUGUUCAAGUGAAGGAAUUCAGAGAACAGUGGCCUCAAGCCCAAAUUCCACCACCCCAAAUGUUAUAUCAACAACCACGGGAACAGCAAGUCUUGAAUCAACUACCUCUAAUGGCAGACAAGAAACCUUUAACACAUGCCUCAAAUCAUCAAGUUCCCCAGCCUGUUCUUGAACCAGAAGUUGAAUCAUCAAGCUCAUCAGAUAACGAGCAAGACUCUGCACAACAGUCCUCAAGUUCAUCAAGCCAGGAAUCAGAUGACCAUGAACAGGAACGACCCACAUCACUGUUGAACUAUAACUAUUCCAAUGACUCUAGGACUGAGGCGAGGGCUGCCCCUGUAGUUGUUCAUGAAAGCAAACCCAUCACAGUUCAGAAUGUUGAGGAACAGUCAAAGGAAUCUGCGUCUUUGGCUCCAAAAGAAGAGGAGAUGAAGAAAGGGGAAGAUGUAGCUGCUAAUGAUAGACCAGAGUCAGGACAAGAUGAAAAAGCAGAUGUUGAAAUGGAUGGAGAAAAGACAGUUGCAGAACUAAAGGAGAAUGACAUUAAGGAUGAAGAAAACAAGAAAAAAGUUGUUGAUGAAGGUGAAGAUGGAAGGCAAAAUGAAGUAGUUGGCAAGGAAAAGGAAGGGGAAGUGCCUAGUGAGUCUCUUGAGAAUAAAGAAGCAGUUUCAACACCAUCUCCUGCAGAAGAGAACACUUUUGAAGUUGAGCCAAGUGAAGAGGACAAAGCUGUCGUAGAGGAGCCAAAAGUUCCAUCACCACAGGUUUGCACUUACAGUACAUUCAUAUAAUUUUGGUUUAGGCUAAAUUUCCACUUGUGUCUUGGGUGCAGUCUUUGGCAUAAGUUAAAGAGGAGAAGUUUCUGUUUGGGAGUAAUUAACAGUUGAAGCCACACAUCCAAUAGUAUGGUUGGGGAUAGCAUAUCAAGCCACACAGUUUAUGUGUUCUUUUCCUGAACUUCAGCUGGUUACUGAGCCUUCCUAGUUCAGUGUGAAACUAGCAUGUUAGCAGGUUAAGUUUGGCAUUUUAGGUAAUUAUAUGAAGGUUUUGGAAGAUAAUUGAAACAUUGAGUUUUAGAGAAUCUUUUUGUUUAUUACUGGGUACAUUUUAUUGAUCAUUCAUCACAUAUAUUACACAAAAAUUACUAAAAGAACAGUACAUGUGCAUCAAAUGAAAUAACAAAUGUUUAAAAGGAUUUUAAAAAAUCUUUAGGUUGACUAUUCAAGAACUUGCCUAAUGCAGAUUUAAAUUAAGGACAUAACUGCAUAUUUGGAAUUGCCUAGAAUUCUACCAAAAAAAUAAUUUCGUAAGAAAAUGUGGCACAAUCCCACCUGUUGCAGGUGUACGUAUACAUGUACAGCUGGAAAUUAUAUUUGCAAGCCAUUUGCAUCUUAAUUAUUGCACAUGUACAUGUUCAUAAAUUAAAAUACAUGUGGUUUCCUUGAAUAUCCAGUUAAUUUUACUGCAUUUUUCUUUCUAUAGAAGCCUAGCUCUCCAGUUGUAACUAAGAAAAGAAAAAUAAACAUACCAAGUAAGUUUCCUUGUGUCUGAUGUUCCUAUUACAUUGUCUGUUUGUAGAAUUUUUGUAUCUGAUUGUCUGAAUUUUUUUAAGGAACAUCUCUGCCAACCACUCCUACGUCUGAGGGUCAACCAGGAUCAAGGAAAAGGAGAUGGGGAUCAUCCUCAUCAAGCAAGAAAACGUCUUUGUCCAUUAGCACUGAUUCACUGAAGGUAUUUUGCAAUCAUUUUACAGGGUACAAGGUAGAUUUUACUGUUUGACUCAAGAACUAUAGAUCACAUGUAACCCUUAAACAUCCAUGAGGGAACUAGACAGAAUUUCAAUUUUGAUAAAAUUUCAGCAAACAACUGAUGAGAAUAAAGAAAAUAUCAAUUAGGAGAUUUUUAGUUGAUCCUAUGCCAAAUUCUCCAAACUAACAUUAUUAGAAUUGUAUGGUAGACGAUAAGGAGAAUUACUAGUAAGGAGAAUUACUUGGGAGUGAAAGUUUUAUGAAGGGACACAAAGACAUUCUCUUCUUAGAUAAGAAGCUUUAGGCAUCUGUUAUUGCUACUAAGAGAGAAGCUUUGAUCUACUAUUGAGGUUUUUAGAGCAAAAACAAAUGAUCCUAAUGGGAGCCAGUCAGUUACUUUCCAGUGGAUGGUUUACUAUUGAGGUUUUUAGAGCAAAGCCACAAAAAAAAAAAGAUUAUUCUGUGAACAUCACCUAUACUGCCAGGAUUUGAGCAUCAUGGCAGUGCUUUUAUUCAGUGUCUUAUUGAGAGAUGUUCCCUCUUUGUACAGGAUUUAAUUCCAGGAGUGCAAGUGCACAGUACCCCUGCCUUGGAAGCAGUCAUGGACAUUAGAGGUGAUGAUAAUGAUGAGGAAGAUGAUGAGCCAGAAGAAAAGAGAAAGAUUGAACAGAAAACUGACGAGGAGAAGGAAGAAUUAUCGGCAGAAACAAUGCCUGAAGUGAAAGAUGAGGGAAGGAGAAGAAAAGACAGGAUCGUGAAGGUUGAAGAGAAGAAAACAAUCAAGCUUCAAAGAAAGCUGGUGGUAGUGGAAACUGAACCUGAUACAUUGAAAAUGGAGGUUGAGGAAGGUAUUCAUAUGUUUGUGUAUAUCUGGUUAGGUUAUUGUUAUCACCAUCUACCUUCACUUAUGUUAAGAAUGUUUUAUUGUUUGAAAUUCCUAAGCUAUAGUGAGGAUAGCUAAUGUUUGAACAAGUGCAGCAUGGCAACUUUUGAAUGACCUUGACCUUUGACCACCAUGAGGACUUGUGAGGCAAAUUGAUCAAAUUUUUUGUUACUCUUGUCUGAAUCUUUUAUCUUUUGUUGUUUUUAUGAUUUUAUCUGAAACAGAAAAAAAUAGGGAUCAAACUGGUUUGAGCAACAUCUUAUGUACAAAUAAACUAUGUUGCUUGUUUUGUGUCCCUUUGCUAGGGGGAAAUGAGGUUUAUUAUUUCCUAUUCAAUAUUAUUGUUCAAGGCCAUUUGAAAGCUGUCACUGCACACGGUUUGCAUUUCUCUGAGGAACUCUGUUUGUCUGUCUAACCUUUCUGCACACAGCAGCAGUUACAAGUAGAAAGUGUCCUAAAAAGUCAGCCUUGCACUCUGUCCCUUUGUACAUGAUGAACCCUUUUCUGUGGCAUGCGGUGCGGGAGGUUUUCUUUGGGGUCAUUCCAGCUGGGUGCUCUGAGUUGAAAAAAAUAAAAACAAAGGAAGCAACUUCAAUAAUCAAGUGAUUAAACCAUGGCCACAGACAAAAUAGAUGGCCAUGAACUGAGUGAUUAACAGUAUGUGAUCACAUAUCAUGAUGUGUUGCUGAUAAACACAACUCUUGAACCAUUUGAAAUGAAAAAAAGAUGAGAUGAAACACUUGAAACAAGGCAUGUGUGAGGGAUGCCUUACAGCUGACUACGAAGACCACCAUGCCGUGUGAUCCAUCAGAAAUGUACACAAACAACUGUACCUCCACGGAGAAAACUGCCUCCACAGUUUGUUGGGGCAAUUACAUGUAGUGUACCUAAAAUUGAAAAAAAUGGAACUCUGCAUUGUAGGAAGCUAUCUGCAUUUUUGGUGUGUGGUGUGUGGUGUGAUACACAAUACCAUCACUAUGUACUCUUCCCCUGACAAUUGAAUACAUUGGAGUUUGCAGCUGUAGAGCACAUCAUGGAGGAAGCUGUAAAAUAAGACUGCCUUCUGAAAGCUUUUCAACACGUGUAAUGCCUCAGUACUUGUUCUUUAUACAACAGCAAGAGGUUGCACCAAGUAAACCAAUGAAACAUUGCUACUGGCAUUGCACAAUUUUUGGGGGUAAAUUUGGACAAAAAAAAACUAGUUGUUACCACAUCAUACUUCAAAAGUCACAAGGACAAAAGAGAUCAUCUUGCUCAACUAAAUGAUGAUUGUGUGAGAUUAUUGACUCUUUGGCUAUUAACUUUGACAUAAAUCAGUGAAGAGCUUGCAUCAAAUGUCAUUGGAGAUUAAAGUAGUUACCCUUCACUUCUACUACUUCUACUCUUGUGGAUGGUGGACAUGAUGCCUAUCAAAAAAGGAACUGUCAAUGGUUGCAUAGCAAAGACAAGAGACUGCAGCCCUUCUCAGCAGAAGGAAAAGGAGAGGCUGUGUGAAAAUUCCAAGCUUCAUACCACAUGAAAACUCAUCAUCAAGAACUCUAGCUAGCCAAGCAAUGAACACAGCAGUGGUAUGGUGGUACAUUGCACAGGAAGCAAAACUACAAAUUUAUGCAGAUGGGAUUUUCAACUGAAAAAGUUUGUAUGGCAAAUUUGAACAUUCCUGUCUUGUCAGGAAGUAGAUUGCCCAACCUUUCUACAUCUAGUCGUGAACUCUGUUGGGUUAAAAGGAAAGCACUGAAAGCUGUGCACUAACUUAAAUCCCACAGUUACAGACAGAAAGCAAUCGCUAUUUCUGAAGGUGGAAAGAUCAUUUGCUCAGUUUAUGCUGUAUCCAAUGGGUUGAUUCUGGGACUUGCUGUAUCAGUGAGGAGGUUGAAUGUACUCAAUGAUGCUCUCAAGUUCCUCUGUGGCUGUGCGUACCCCCACCAAUACUGUGUUUCAGCCGCAAACCAUUUUACCAGCUCUUGUAGAGGAGUAUUUUCCAAAUAAUUUUUAUUUUAGAGGUUAAUGGAAUUUUCAAGUAUUUUUCUUGUUUGGUGACACAAACUUUAGUCUGUAAAUGUGAAAACAAGGGCAGUUUCACCCAAGGUUUAUUGAAUUUUUCUUUUCCUACUUUUUAAACCCAAAUUUGAGGUCAGUCACUUAAACAAGAAAAAGCAAUUGAAGGGUUUUAUGUUGUUGUAGUUGAUAGACCAGAGUUUUUCCAUGCAAUAAAAUGCUUGUGCUUAUUUCUGAAUGGAACCAAUUUUGUUCUUUACUAAGAAACAAUGCACCCUGCUAGGCAAAGGUAGAAUAUCAGAGUUGUUAUAAUGUUGGUGACACAAUGCACCAAGAAUUAGUAACACGCAUUUAAAUUGGGUUUUGCAAUUGUAGAUUAUCCUUUUUUCUACAGGAAAGAUGAGUGAAAUUAACUUUAAAAAAUUGCAAACAAAUUAAGAAUAUAUUUUUGUCUGGUAUAAUAGAGUACUUGAAUAGGAAAUUUUCUCUCUUUUUUCCCUCGCGUACACUGUUAUAACAGAGGAUUGCAAUUAACUGAAUAUUCCCUCGUUCCCCGCAUAUAAAUUGACCUAGUCAAAACUUCAAAAGAGAAUUAUCAAAGAAGAAUUUUUACAAAAUGUUCGUUUCCAACAGGAAUUUGUUCAUAAGCAUAACAGUGGAACAACUCUGGAGAAAUAUGCUUAAAAUGCCGAAAUGUAUUUAUCUUCUGUCGAGACUAUCUACGUUAGAGUAGAACUUGUUUUAGUAUUUAUUUGUUGGUUAAUGUUCGAUACCGCUGACUGUUUUUCUAUUUUACUAUUAGAGCCUUCAGAGAACAAACUGGAAGAUAAUCCAUAUCCGAGGCGGUUGUCAGCCCCAGUCCAAGAGGAAUCCCCAAUACCAGCAGGCAAACGCUCCCCGUCACCCGCUAAAAAUCCCCCGUGUAAGACACUGCAUGUCAAGAACCUCGUACGACCUUUCACACUGAACCAGCUCAAGGACCUGCUCGGCAAACAUGGAACCUUGGUGCCGGAUGGAUUUUGGAUCGACAGGAUAAAGUCACAUUGCUACGUUGUGGUAAGAAAGAAUACCACUUGCAACUAGAGCGCUUUCCGCUUGAGUGUCGUAAAACCGAGACCAAAGUAAUCACAACAACCAAUCACAAGAAACGGAAAUACCUUUAAGAGCCAAUGAGAACUUAGUGUAAAAAUAAACUGCUGAAAGCGCGGGAAAACGCGGGCGACCAAGUCGUGAUUGGUUUUUAUCUUGCAUCUGAUUGGCUGAGAGGAUGGCGCGAGUUUCCUGGACCAAUCACAUAAAGAAGCUUCAAUUUAUGGAUUUAAUAGGGCUUCCAAGGGGAUGGUAGUAGCAUUAACUAGCAAUUUUCACAUGGUUAUCGUUAAGAUUGCAGUAGUUUUGCUUAACUAUGAUUGGUCUAAAAAUCACGCGUCGCCUUCUCAAUCGAUCCGAUCCAGUAUUAAAGACGAAUCCCUCCAUGUUCUCCGCGUUUUCCCCUCAUCAGGCAGCUGACUUGUGUUUACUUGGAGUUCGUAUUGGCUCAUUGUGAAAGUUUGUGCCGCUCUCAUCAGUCGCCUAGGUUACUUUAGUUUUGGUGUUUCGGCACAAUCGAAAUAGGUGGAGUUAUGUCCGUUGAUAAAAUCCGUCCCCUGUGGAGAUUUUUGAGAUCUUUAGCAACUCCAUGUUUAUUAGUUGAGGUUAAUUUGUUUCUCCCGGAUUCUGUUUCCAACAGUACACUGAUGAGGAUGAUGCAGUGGCCAGCAGACAAGCCCUACAUGGCAUCAAGUGGCCAGCAACAAGUCCGAAAAUCCUUGAUGUUGAUUACGCUGAUGAUGAUGAGGUUGGUGUGGCUGUGACUGUCUCUCGGUUAAAGGUUUCAGCUGUUCGGCCUGAGUAGUAUUCAGUUUAAAAGUGAACAUUAUUUUUUAGUUAAGUCUAACCCUUGGUGCUGCAUUGCCUCACUUGCAACGAAACAUUUCAAAAAUUAAAUUGAUCUUUACUUAACAAAUAGUGAAGCCUUGACUGUGCUCUGUUCUGUUGUAAAGCACGCAGGAAGCGGCUAGAGCACGAAAGAAGCGUAGGGGGAAACACGAAACGUAGUCGAGAACAGAGCACAGUCAAGGCUUCUCUAUUUGUUUUAUAAUAAAGAAUCCGUUAAAUUCCCCAAGAAUUACUUUCAAUUUUCAAAACAAACUUUAUUUCCAAAGCGAACAAUAGUGUCGUCAGCAUGCUCUAUACUCUCAUAAAGCACGCUACAAUAAGCCAAUCAGAAGCCCUGUUAGAAUGGUUCAAAUAAUCUGAUGGCUUUACAGGACUAAAGCUGUCAAAAAUGUCAAACCGUCAAAGUUUAUAUUCUGCAAUAGUUUACAAACUAAAAUAGUUCGGCAUGUCAAAUUUAAACACUUUUGCCUGAAUUUUUUUAGUUUCUAAUACAGAAUCUGAAAGUGAAAUGUUCAGUGAAAUUCGGCCCAAUCGUGGCUCACAAAAAUACGCAAGUUAUUUCACAUGACAAGUAGAAAACAAACUGUUCAAGGCGAGUGUUUUAUGAAUGAACGACAGCCGAAUUCACCAGAACAUGAAGAUCACUCGGAAUGACAGCACCGUAAAACUCGACUGUAGUGACUGAUGUGGCCUUCCACUCAACGCAUCGGAAAGGUUAUCAGAGCAAGCUCUUAUUUUUUCCCUCGAAGGGUAGUCGAUUUAGUUCCAGAGGCUUGCUCUACUGCGAUGACCAAAGAUCGCCAUGAUGAGCUAGCCGCGAUAGACCUCAGCAUGAUUGCAGUCGCUCUGACACCGUCAUGAUUAGUAUGAAUUUUAACAGUUAUGCCAGGUUAUAUUUUUCAUCAUUCCUUUUUUUUUCUGUUUUGUUUUUGAACACGAAACGUUAUAUACUAUACAAGUGUUAGCUGUGUCUGAUUUCUAUUACCGUACGUAAACUUGCAAUCUAACUGAGCGUGAAAACCUUUAAAACUCGGACUGUCCAUCUUGUUUUAUCUUUAAGGAUUUUUGUCUCUGCUCACGUUACAGUAACGUAAAUUACUGCGCCUAGCAUUUUUGCAAACCUUUGCUCGCUUGUUCCGAAAUUUCACUUUCAAUCAACGAAAGAAAAGCUAGAAAGAAGUCCCGGAAAAGGUCGGACAUAGUACAAUUUGGCAGAUGGCGUGACAGCUUUAGCGCAGUUCUAUGUUCUAUACUCUCAUAGAGCACGCUCUUUUAACCAAUGACAGCAAGCGUUAUAUCCGAACUUUAUUGUAAAUACUGAAUAGAUCGGAAGAAAUCGAUUCGGACUUAUUUCCAUUUUCGCGAUUCUACUCGGCGCGAAGCUUCUGCAGGGUGAAGCAAUCACCCACCUUGACGGUGAUUAUUAGAGUCAGCUGUGAAGCGAAAACCUUUGACAGAAUCUUCCGUUACGACGUUUGGCUACAUGAGUAUUAAGCUUUCAACCACUCAGUUAGACGUUUAAAUUCGUACCUAAGUAUGUGAAAUUGAUUUUUUUUGUGUUUGUUUUUGUUAUUUUUACAGAUGGCGAGAGAUACAGAUGGUCUUCUCGGUCGCGAGAAGGAAAAAGAACGAGAACUGAAUGCGGAGAAAGAUGAAAUAAAAGAACGUGCAGGUACUUGAAGUGUAAAAUUACACCGUGUACAGUGAUUGUCCAGUUCAUUGGUGCUUGAUAUCGAAUAAAGCUGUUCUCGUAGUUAUAUAAGAGAUCGUGAUUUUGAAGCCGCCAAUCCGUUUCAAUUUGCUACAAAAUGCAGCUCAAAGAAUGUUAUUCGUCCUGUCACCAGUGUGGCACUAGGGGAAAAACAUCUGAUUCCCCCACAGUGAAGCUCGAUACAUGAGGUGAACUUAAAUGGCUGAUCGCGUUUACUCUAUUUAGUUGAAGAAGAAAAACCAAUGGUAACAGAAGAAAAAGAAGAGGAAGAAGAAGAUCAGAAGAACGCUGGUAACCUGCUAGAUAACCUUUUCAAAAAAACCAAAACUAUUCCCUGCUUGUACUGGUUGCCGCUCACCGAUGAACAGGUUUGUCUGUCUCAGUGUCAGCCCUGCACGCUUCACUGUUGCAUUUCAUUGGCCUCACUCUCCUUUUCUGUUUUCGUCCGCGCUUGCGACGAAAAGUAAGAAUGAACCACUUAAACGGUAUUCGUUAGUUUUGGUUAAUUGACCCUUGUGACAUAAUCAGUUCCUUAUGUGAAGCCCUUGCAGUGAGCUUUGCCUCGAAUCGACUUUGGCCAGUUGAGCCAUUAUCAAAGUGCACUUAACAGAGAGACAAAUAAUAGAUUUUUUAAGAAGAACAGUCUGCAUACGAUGGCCUCUCUGGGCAUUAAUUGCCUUUUUCAAUUGAGAACUGACAUUUUAUGGUAUAAGAUGCAAAAGGUCAAACAUCCGCUAAUUGAGCUUUGAAGAAAUCUCUCGACUUUAUUUUGCAUACCGCAAUGGGAACCUUGUUCGCCUUUAAGGAUCCAAUUCGAUGUUACAGAUUUGAAAACGUGUGACCCUUCAGGUAUUUCUCUAGUCAUCGCCACGUGAAAAUGAGUAAAUUAAAGAUGAUUAUUUUUUCGUAGGAUCUAGUUGGAUUUUGUAUUGUUUCUUACUGGACGAUUUCACCGCAGCCUUUAUUCUACAGUUACACCGAGAAUAUGACGAAAACCUUUUUACUCGUCCUUGUUUUUAAUUUUAUGCAGAUCGCGACGAGAGAACGGGAAAGAGAGGAAAGACGGAAAGCUAGACAGGAUGAAAGAGACAAAGAGGAACAAGAACGUAAAGAGAGACAACAACAGCGAGAGAAAGAGCGGGAAUUGGAGCGCGACAAAGAGAAACGAGAACGAGAAACUACUGAGAAACAGCGCUCUCGAUCGCCGAGAAACCGACGAAGAGAACGAAGCAAAAGCCGAAGUAGAAGUCGGGGACCAAGACGGCGAUGAGUUGACAUUCCGAUUUAUUAGACUUCCGUUGUAAUACUCAGUUUUAUGUUGGUUUUGUGUUUGACUUGUUUAAGGGGUGACUUUAUGUCUCUCUUUAGAAACUAACCGUUAGAUUGAUUUCUCUUGGCGCAUCAAUACUUAAGCAAGGCCUGUUUUGGUUGCGACUGUUUGUCCAUUCCAGUAUCAAGCAACUGUGGCGAAACUGCUCCUUCUAUUCGAUCAACUAUUGACACAUACUUUUUACGGAACUUAGUGAUUGUCGAUUCAUUCUACCAUUUUAGCCACUUAACCGAAGUUUCAUCCUUCUUCAAAAAUACCAUUUAUUUUUUAACGGUUUUAGGACAAAUUUGCCAAAAUUUCUGUCCCUUUUUUCAGAAAUUUGCCACAAUAUUUCGUGAUAUCAUAGACAGGUUCAACGCUUUCCGUUUUAAAGUACUCAUACACAUUGAAUUAUUUCUGUAGACGUUUUCAUAGUCGGUAAUGGGAGCAGUGCUUCCUGGCGUUUGUGGCUGAUCAUACACCUUAUCUCAUGGUCAGAAAGAAAAUUAGAAGUUUUGCACUGACUUGCUUUGUUGUGUUUAUUUUGUUUUCGCAACACCUUCUAGUUCCCGGGAACUAAGUGAUAUUACUACCUUCUUGUUAAGCAACGAAAAGUACUUUGCUCUUCGUUUGUAAGAUAUUAAGUGAGAUUUAUGGAAAAUCUUGUGAAUAAACGAAACUGUGA